AUUCAGACACAGACAUAUACACACACUCAUUCAUUAACCUCUUCAGCAACAAAAGAACACACGACAACAAUGGCAACCCGCGUGAUCCCUCCCAGAAUCCUGAAGACGGUCGGCUACAACACCGCCACCGCCACCGCCACCGCCACAAAGUCGGUGAACAGCUCCCAGCCGGCGUACUCCCCGGCGACGGCGAUCAUGACGCCGUUCUUCGAGAAGACGGAGGAGGGGGCGGCGGCGCUGAGGCUGGACGACGGGGAGAGGCUGUUCGCGUCGGUGGCGUCGGGGCGGCUGGUGCGGGCGUCGGCGGUGCUGCACGCGGCGGCGGUGGGGCCGAUGGUGGACGUGGGGAUGUGGGUGAUGAGGUCGAGGGUUUUCCAGAGCGGGCUGCUGAGGGAUCUAGUCAGCGCCGCCAUGCGUCACACGUUUUACGCCCACUUUUGCGCCGGCGAGGACGCGGCCGCCGCCGGGAGGAGCAUAGGGGCGCUGAACGACGCCGGAUUGCGCGGCAUGCUGGUUUAUGGAGUGGAAGACGCGCACGACAAUGAAGGGUGUGAAAGGAACCAUAGAGGGUUCAUUCACACUGUCGAUGUUAGCAAAUCGCUUCCCACUUCUUCUGUGAGCUUUGCGGUUGUGAAAAUCACUGCAAUAUGCCCCAUGGCAUUGCUAGAAAGAGUCAGUGACCUUCUAAGAUGGCAACAGAAAGACCCUUCAUUCAUUUUGCCAUGGAAGCAAGAUUCGCUUCCAAUUUUUGCUGAAUCAAGCCCUUUGUACCACACACAGAAGAGACCAGAGCCUCUAACUCCAGAAGAAGAGAGUGAUCUUGAACUUGCCAACCAGAGACUCCUUGAACUUUGCCAAAAAUGUGUGGAUGCCAAUAUUCCUUUGUUGGUUGAUGCAGAACACACCACAGUUCAGCCAGCUAUUGACUACUUCACAUACUCUUCAGCCAUCAUGCACAACAAGGAUGACAAGCCCAUUGUGUUUGGAACCAUUCAAACUUACUUGAAAGAUGCUAAGGAGAGGUUGUUGCUCACAACAAAAGCAGCAGAGAAAAUGGGAAUUCCAAUGGGGUUCAAAUUGGUGAGGGGUGCUUACAUGUCCACAGAGAGUAAACUGGCUGAGUCUUUGGGGUAUGCAUCCCCAAUCCACAAUACCAUUGAGGACACACACAAUUGCUUCAAUCGCUGCUCAUCAUUUCUGCUUGAGAAGGUUGCCAAUGGACCAGGUUCUGUGGUUCUUGCAACUCACAAUAUUGAAUCAGGGAAAUUGGCAGUGGCAAAGGCCCAUGAAUUGGGGAUUGAAAAGGUGAAGCACAAGCUGGAAUUUGCACAGCUAUAUGGAAUGUCAGAGGCACUUUCCUUUGGUUUGAGCAAUGCAGGGUUUCAGGUUAGCAAGUACAUGCCAUUUGGGCCAGUUGAAAUGGUGAUGCCUUACCUCCUCAGAAGGGCUGAGGAGAAUAGAGGGCUCUUAGCUGCUUCAGGCUUUGAUAGGCAACUUAUGAGAAAGGAGUUGGGAAGGAGACUCAAAGCUGCAGUGUUCUGAUUAUAUAGCCAGGACGCACUAGGAUUCAUGAUCUUUUUGUACAAAUUAGAGAAUUAUGUAAUCCGGAGCAAUUGUGCAUCCAAUAAACGAAAAUCUGCUUUGUUUUUUUUAUUGGAAAUGCAAGUUAGUUUUUGUGUUGAGCAA